AUGACCGAGUUGCUGAGGAGUUUGGUGAGCCGCCUCGAGCGGCAGGAGGAGGCGAUUCUCUCCGAGCUGAACGAUAUGGAGGUGCCAACGAUGUCGAGUCUCGAUGGCUGCAAGGAGGCGCUGCGCACAUCCGAGAUUGCCCAGAAGGCCUUUAACCUGAAUGAGAAUUUCGAGCGAACGGAGAGCUUCAGCGAGCGUCUGCUUACCGCUGCUGAGACCAGCUCGUCGGUUUUGGACAAGCUGCAGUGCUCGUUGAAGGUAGUUGACUCUGUGUCGCAGUUGUACGAGCUGGGUUCACGAGUCCUUUCAAGUUACGAAUCCGGCGAUACAACACGUGGAGGGGAGGACAUAAGUCGUUUCGUCACCGUCAUGGAAGAAGCCAAACGUGACGGCCACUGGGACGAGCUGCUGAAGGUCAUCAGCUGCGGCCACGUGAAGGAGGUGAUGAGCGGCCUGCGUGCAUUUGUGAUCGAGCAGUUGCGCGAUGAGCGUCCAUCUGAACACUCGCAGCUGUUUACACGUCUAGCUGUCACCCUCCAGGCCGGUAGUGAGGCUUACGAAUCGUAUUUGAAAACAAUUCGGGAGAAGACUGUUGGCCUUGGGUCUGCAUCGCAUGAAGGCAGUGACCGUGUGAAGCUGGAGCGGUUGGUGAAGAACGCCAGCAGUUUGUUGCUUGGCAAAGCGCAGGCGGUACACUCCGAAUUGGGAUCGGCAGAUUACAUCCGUAUCUGCCGUGAGAUCCACUCGUUGACUUCGACUGAGGCUUGCGAAAUCCUGCGUUCAUUCUUGCUGUCGGAUUUCGCGCUCUUCAUUAAGGACACCGAAGGCGACAUCGAUUCGCUAUUAUCGCAGGUUGAGAGCGGGUUUGACGAUGGCGACCUGUUUGGACGGUUCCUGGUCGACCUGAAGACCGUGGACCACGUCUUGGACAACAUCGCAACUCUGAGUUCGCUCUGGUUGGAUUACGAAUUUUCGUUCCGAUCGGUUCUGGGGCCGGUAUAUCAAACGUUGCUGGUUCAGGGCGAUUUGCAGUCGGAAUUAGGGAAUGACUGCCUGGGCUCCGUUAGUCCCGCUACUCGCGCGAUGCAGUCCGUGCUAUCGUUCUACGUUCGUUUGGAGCACGCCUCUGUCACACGGGCUCUGAUGCACGCCCUAAAUUGCGACUCCAUUUAUGUGUCAUCGCCUGAAGACGGCUUCACAGUAGCAACCAGCACCUUGGUUGACGACUCGUUCUUCGUGCUCCAGAAGGCCCAGCAGCGAGCAGUAGCUACUGGCGACGUGCAGGCUGCGUGUGCUACUCUGAAUCAGGUGAUUGGCAUAAUUCAGAGCUCUUUGAAGGAGGGUCUGGUUGGCAACCUGCUAGCCAGUCAGAACAUAUACAAGGUGUUUAUUGAGAACGCUGACAACUUGGUGAAGGGUUCGUGGUACAUUAUGUUGCAAGAGCAUUUUGAGCGGUCCAAGCAACCGUUCCCCGAAUCCAUCCCUUCCCGCUUCAGCUUCAUUCACUGUGUGAACAACAUCGAGGAAUGCGUCAACUUUUUGGGCAAGUUCAAGUCCGAGAUUUCCGCCAGCUUCGAGCGGGAGUUCGUGCAGUUGGACAACAACAAGCUGCUCGUUGAGAGCACUUUGGAGUCCUUGGAUGGUGUUUUGGCCGAGUUCGACGAAUUGCUAGAGAUGGCCUGCAAGUGUUCCUUGAACAUCAUAAAGGUACGGUUGUUUGCCAGUGAAGCGCUAAUUACAUCGCAGUUCCACAUUGCUGACCCUUUGAACCGCUUCAACGACAUCAAUUUCAACCUGGACGAGGAAUCCUACAAGACUUAUAUGUCUGAGAACCCAUUUGUAGAGGAGUUCAUCGUUGUCUUGCGCGGCGUGUUUGGACACCUGUCGACCUUCUACUCUCCCACUACUCGUUCGCGCUGCAUGGACUUGCUGAUCGAACGCAUCUGCAAGUUCAUGGAGCAGAACGUGCUGGCGAAGCGCUUCACAAUGUAUGGUGCAGUGUACCUCGACGGCGUGGUGCGUUCGCUGAUGAAGCUCUGCACGUCGUAUGACUCGAACAUUCGGCACCAGUUCACCUCCUUGCUGCUGAUAAGCGACGUGCUGAACUGCGGCAGCAUUGAGGAGUUGGUUCAAUUCGAAGGCAAACAACAAUCCGAAUACGUGGAGCGCUAUUUCGCUCUCCGAACCGAUCUCCCGCAGGAGACACAAGCCCCUCAGUGA